AUGACUAAAAUACCAUCAGCACUUCGAGAAACAGAGGGUGACAUCACAGGUGCCAAAAUGGACCGGCGACAGUUGAACGUGUCGCCCAACGAGAAAGAGAAAUCCCUUGAUUCACCUGUUAUGCAAACUGUAGAAGAGCACAUCGACUUCGAUGAGGAUAUUGUUCUACCCACUGAAGAGGAAAAACGUACUCUUCGUCGAGUGGCAGGGCACAUUCCUAUGUCAGCAUGGCUUGUAGUCGUAGUGGAAUUUGCCGAGAGGUUUUCGUAUUACGGCACUACAGGGCCAUUCGUGAAUUACAUUCAACGCCCACUUCCGGAAGGGGGUAAUGGAGCCGGUGCUCCACCAAAAGGAACCGAAAUCCGCCCCGGGGCCUUAGGAAAAGGACAGCAAGCUUCGACGGGUUUGACUACUUUUUUUUCCUUCCUCUCCUACUUGACACCCAUUCUUGGGGCUAUUCUUUCCGACGCCUACUGGGGCAAGUUAAAAACUCUCUUCAUUUUCGCUAUCGUUGGAGGGGUCGGGCACGUAAUUCUCGUUGGUACUGCUGCCCCUGCGCUCCUCCAAAACAACCCCACAGGGUCAUACGUGGGUCUGAUUAUAAGUUUGAUCAUCAUGGGCUUUGCGACGGGUGCCAUAAAGUCGAACGUAUCACCCCUGGUCGCGGAGCAGAUUCCUAACUCGCGUGAACAUAUCAGAGUUAUGAAAAAUGGCGAGCGUGUGAUCGUCGAUCCAAACUUGACCAUCCAACGAGUAUUUAUGUACUUUUAUUUGAUGAUUAAUAUUGGUUCGCUGGGCUCUAUCGCCACCACAGAAACGGAGCUUCAUAGCGGAUUCUGGUUGGCCUACCUCAUUCCUACUAUCGUCUACGUGCUUGUUCCUAUUGUCCUAUGGGUUGGGAGACACAAGUAUGUCCAAUACCCACCUCGCGGAUCUAUCCACAUCGAGGCUUUUCGAGUCAUUCGCCGGGUUUAUAAGGGGGUAUGGAGCCUCAACCCCUCCGAGACCUUCCGUAGGAUGCGUGAUCCAUCCAAAUGGGACAGAGCCAGACCAGGUCAUGCUGCUCAGGCCCAUGGUAACUCUAACGUAACCGGUGAAUUUACUCCUACAUGGGAUGAUACAUUCGUUGACGAGAUGCGACGAACAAUGCAUGCUGUUAAGAUAUUCGUAUUUUAUCCACUAUUCUGGGUUCCAUAUAACCAAAUGACAAACAACAUUGUGUCUCAGGCAGGGGUCAUGACCACGCACGGUGUGCCCAAUGAUCUAUUGCAGAAUAUCAAUGCCAUUGCGAUUAUUAUUCUUAUUCCACUAAUGGACCGAAUUGUGUACCCGGGUCUCCGGCGCAUCGGUUGUAUAGUAAGGCCUAUUCAACGCAUCACCUUAGGGUUUAUGUUUGCUGCGAUGGCGAUGGUUUAUGCUUCGGCUCUUCAGAAUGGAAUUUACAAAACAAAUCCUUGUGGUCGGUUCGUCACCGAUUGCGAGACACGCAGCUCUUUGAACGUCUGGAUUCAAACUCCAGCUUAUGUGCUGAUCUCUUGUUCAGAAAUCUUCGCCAGCAUCACUGGCCUGGAGUAUGCCUACAACAAGGCGCCUCUGCGAAUGAAAAGCAUUGUAAUGGCUGCCUUCUUGCUGACUCAGGGUGUCGGCAAUGCAUUGUCUUGGGCAUUGCUUCCAGUCAGCACAGAUCCUUAUUUGGUCUGGAACUACGCCGGAAGUGGGAUCGCAGCUUUUAUUGCUGGUGUGGCUUUCUGGAUAUGUUUCCGCCACAUGGAUGCAACCGAGGAAGAACAAAACGAGAUCGGGCGUCAGGUUCCUGGGGGUGGUCGAAUAACGAAAGGCGGCGAUAUCGAGAAACCAUCCAACCCCCAAACUUAG